UGUCAGUUCAAUCAGGUUAUACCCUUACAGGUUAAGUUAUUUAAUAAAUGAAAAUAAACAACUGUCAGCUGCGUUGCUCAGUACUAUAACUUUCAUACAUUUAAAACAAAGAAUUUAAAUCCCGCGUUAUGGCUUACAAAUAAAUUUUUGAAGUUUGUGAAAAAAAAGAGGGAGAAAUAAUUUAGUUACAAUAUAGACAGACAGACAUAGACAUUUAGUCUUUUUAACUCUCUCGGACUUAUGGUGUCGCGUAGACAGUAACAAAGAAACGAUGAAAAGUGGGUGCUGGAUAAAUGUGGGGAGACUGAGUGAGAUAAUGUGAGAGCGUGGGAGACUAGAGUGUAUAUAUAUCUAUAUAUAUAUAUAUAGAAUAGAUGGUUGGGUUGGAUAUGGAGUUAGAGUACAGAGCGGGAGCGAGAGCGAGUAAUGGUGGGGACAAGGGCACAGAGGUUUGUUUAUCGCUUAGUGAACGGGAAAAGAGAAUUCGCGAGUCAGUCAGUGCGGUGCUUUCGUCCGUGUGCGGUCGGGCGCGUGCUCUCUCUUUUUUCUUCAUCUUGUAACACAUCCUGUUUAUAUAUAUAUGUAUAUAUACAUAUAUUAUUAUAUUAUCCGAAUAUAUAAUCCGGUUUUUUAAAAAAUAUAAACGGUUAACUUUAAACUUUCGCGUACGCGUUUUAUAUAUCCAUAUAAAUAUACAUAUAUACAUAUAUUGUCGUGUUGUAAUUAUCAGUGGGUUAAAAGAUACAUAUGAAUAUUUAAACUCUUAUUUAAAUUCAAAUGUGUGUCAAUGACGCACAAAUAUAUUUGUAAAAUUAAUAAUUAUUAUUCGUGCAUCGGGAUAACGUUCAUUAAAACGUAGAUACGUUAAUUUAUGUUUUUUAAAUUAUGGUGUAAUGACAAGUUAUUGUGAUAAUUAUUAUUUAAAUCAUAAUUAUUGUUUUUGGAAUUUAACAUUUAUUUGGUUCGCCGUGAUAUUAAACUACAUCGGAUAAAAAUUUUCAAUAAAGUAAGAAAAUCUCAGAGUAGUUUCAAUGAAAAUUUUUUCAAUUGAAAUCAAAUGUACCGAAGUAAAUAAAAGGAGGGAAUUUAAAAUAAUAUUUUCAUCAAGAAUAGAAAGAAGAAUAAAGUAAAAAUAAAUAAACGGGUAUAACGUAAGUCAAUUUUUAACUGAAUGACUGAAAGAUCCCAUAAAAUCUAGUCACGUGCAGACGAUCUUCAGCUUGUAAAAGCUAAAAUAGUAAAGCUACAGUAAAGCAAACGUCUUAGAGUGUGUCCGAGGUUGUUACUGAGUAGUUGUAGAGAAUAGCAACGAUAAAGGAUUUUCUAGUAGAAUGAGUUCUGAAGCGGCGAUCCUGGGGCUUGUGUUGCUCGUUGCUAUUGUUGGGGCAAAUCGUGUACUUGAUACCAGUAGGCCCACAGAGACCAAAAUUCAACGACCUAGAGUUAUCUACAAUAAUCACUUUGCUAUUCACGUACCCGAUGGACCAGAGGCUGCAGCUGCGAUAGCUAGUAAACAUGAAUUCGAUAUCCUAGGCCAGAUUGGUCCUCUGAAAAAUUAUUACCUUCUUACUCACAAAAAUGUACACAAACGGUCCCUGGACACCAGCGAGCAUCAUCAUAAACUUUUGCGAGACGAGCCUCAAGUACAAUGGUUUCAACAACAACAUGAGAAACGUAGAAAAAAACGUGACUACCAAAUCCCAUCUUCUUUUAGCUUCAGCGAUUAUCCGAGCUUCUUUGACGAUUUUACAGCAACGAGACAACGUCAGUCUUUUCAUCAUCAACGUAAUCGAGGUGCUCCUCUGCAAAAUUUAUUCACGGAUCCGCUUUUUAAAGAGCAAUGGUAUCUGAAUGGAGGAGCGAAAGAUGGCUUCGACAUGAAUCUCGGGCCAGCUUGGCAAAAAGGUUAUACAGGCAAAGGAGUGGUCGUCUCAAUUCUAGAUGAUGGAAUCCAAACAAAUCAUCCCGACCUUGCACUCAACUACGAUCACGAAGCUAGCACAGACAUCAAUGACAAUGACGACGACCCAAUGCCUCGUGACAACGGUGAUAAUAAACAUGGAACUCGGUGUGCUGGCGAAGUGGCUGCUGUAGCCUUUAACCAAUAUUGUGGUGUAGGAGUUGCUUACAAUGCCAGCAUUGGAGGAGUACGAAUGCUCGACGGCCCGGUAAAUGAUGCUGUUGAAGCAAGAGCUUUAGGUCUCAAUCCCGAUCACAUUGAUAUAUAUUCAGCGUCCUGGGGUCCUGAAGAUGACGGUAAGACCGUUGAUGGACCCGGUCCAUUAGCAAGAAGAGCUUUCAUCUACGGAGUAACCAGUGGCCGUAAAGGUAAAGGCUCAAUCUUUGUCUGGGCGUCGGGUAAUGGUGGCCGUCAUACAGACUCAUGUAACUGCGACGGUUAUACAAACAGUAUUUUCACAUUGUCAAUAUCAAGUGCAACACAAGGGGGAUAUAAACCAUGGUAUCUAGAAGAGUGCAGCUCAACAUUGGCUUCAACAUAUUCAUCUGGUACUCCUGGUAAUGAUAAAAGCGUUGCAACUGUCGAUAUGGAUGGUAAAUUACGACCCGAUCAUAUUUGUACCGUUGAACAUACUGGCACAUCAGCGUCAGCACCUCUUGCCGCUGGUAUUUCUGCAUUAGCACUUGAAGCUAAUCCAAGUUUAACGUGGCGAGAUAUGCAAUAUUUAGUUGUAUUAACAUCGAGAUCUGGACCACUUGAAAAAGAACCGGGUUGGAUACUCAAUGGAGUGAAACGUAAAGUUUCACAUAAGUUUGGUUACGGGUUAAUGGAUGCGGGUGGAAUGGUCAAUCUUGCUGAACAAUGGACAAAUGUGCCGCCUCAGCAUAUUUGCAAAUCUCAAGAGAUCAAUGAGGAAAGACCUAUAGAUUCAUCCUUCGGUUAUACUCUCAGUGUUUACAUGGACGUAAGUGGCUGCGCUGGGACUAUUAAUGAGGUCCGUUUUCUUGAACAUGUUCAAUGCAAGGUAUCAUUAAGAUUUUUCCCUCGGGGAAACCUUCGCCUGUUGCUGACCUCACCAAUGGGCACUACCUCAACAUUACUUUUCGAACGACCAAGAGACGUACUCAGUUCCAAUUUUGAUGAUUGGCCAUUCCUGAGUGUACAUUUCUGGGGUGAAAAAGCUGACGGUCGUUGGACAUUGCAGAUCAUCAAUGCUGGUACAAGACGAGUUAAUUCACCUGGAAUACUGAAGAAAUGGCAAUUGAUAUUCUACGGCACGGCCACCAAUCCCAUUAGAUUACGAACUCGUCAAUUUAAUCCGGUACAUCAUCAGUCGUAUUAUUCUUCAUACAAUCCCUCUGAAUUAUCCUUCCCGCACGAUCGCUCAUUGGGGGGAUCAGAUCAACACAACGAAUUCGAUUUUCGUCAAUCUGUCUUUCAGAAUUAUCCAGGUGCUUACGCGGGUGCUGCCUCCAAUAUUCAAGCAUCGGUAGCAUCUUUAGACGGUUCAUCAGCAUCAAUUCUCACCAACCGAUUACCCGGUGAUGUCUCCGAUGAUAUAUCAAGAUCACUACAAGGCUCCCUAGAUCCAUCUAAGCGAGUUCUACAUGACUGCGAUCCACAGUGUGAUCAUCAAGGAUGUUAUGGAACAGGUCCAACAGAGUGUAUUGCCUGUAAAACCUAUCGACUUGAUAAUAUGUGCGUAAGUCGUUGUCCGCCAAGAAGUUUUCCAAAUCAAGGUGGCGUCUGCUGGCCCUGUCAUGAAUCAUGCGAAACAUGCGCUGGCGCUGGCCAAGACUCUUGUCUAUCAUGUGCUCCAGCUCAUUUAAGAGUUACCGAUCUUGCAGUUUGUCUUCAACAAUGUCCUGAGGGUUAUUACGAAAAUAGUGAAAAUUCAACAUGUGUACCAUGUGAAGCCAACUGCGCAAGUUGUCAAGACCGACCUGACCACUGUACAACGUGCGAUCAUCAUCUCGUAAUGUACGACAAUAAAUGUUACGCCGCAUGUCCACUUUACACCUACGAAACCCAAGAUUACAAUUGCGCGCCAUGUCAUCAAAACUGUGAAACAUGUAAUGGCACUGGAGAAAAUCAGUGCAUCAGUUGUAAGCCAGGAUUCUUUUCAUUAAAUGGCAUGUGUCAAAGCUCAUGUCCAGCGGGUUACAGCGCUGAUAAAAAAAGGCGGGAAUGUAUGCCCUGUUCACUCGGAUGUGCCACUUGCAUUACAUCAAGCUGCACUAGUUGCAUUGAGGGAUGGAGUAUCAGUAAAAAAGGCAUAUGUGUACCCGAUAGCCGGAGUAAGUGUGAGGUUGCUCAAUACUAUGAAGUAGAUAAUUGCAAACCGUGUCAUUCGAGUUGUGAAACAUGUGCUGGACCUAGUGAAGAUUUUUGUACGUCCUGUGCAAGCCCAUUGUUACUUCAAAGCCGGCGUUGUGUUGCACAGUGUGACGAUGGUUAUUAUUCAUUAGCCCAACCAUCUAGGCCAAUUUGUUCGCCGUGUCUCCACACCUGCAAAACUUGUGUAUCACGACUUAAUUGCACAGCGUGUCAAGAGGGAUUGCAAUUACAAAGCGGGGAAUGUAGAUCAUCGUGUGCGCAAGGAUACUACAGUGACCGCGGUCAGUGCGCCAAGUGUUAUCUCUCGUGUAAAACAUGCUCAGGUCCACGUAGAGACCAGUGUGUUAGUUGCCCACAAGGUUGGCAACUGGCUGCCGGUGAGUGCCAUCCAGAAUGCCCGGAGGGGUUCUUUAAAUCAAAUUUUGGCUGUCAAAAAUGCCAUCAUUAUUGCCGUACUUGCAAAGGUGAAGGCCCUCUUGAGUGCACUUCCUGUCCAGCUCAUUCAAUGCUAGAGGGUGGGUUGUGUAUGGCUUGUCUUGGCGCACAGUAUUACGAUCCUUUGACACAAUUAUGUAAAAAUUGUCAUAGUGAUUGUCGACGUUGUACGGGUCCGGGUAAAUUUAGUUGUGCUGCUUGUACUUUACCCUUGCACUUUGAUAAACUUAAUAAUCAGUGUGUGCCAUGUUGUCCGACGACCAAGAAAAAGUCUGACACUGAUGAAUGUUGUGUUUGUGAUCCAGAAACUGGUGGCUGCAGGAACAGUUCACCUGCUGGUAAAAGACGUGUACCUGGUAGUGAAAUUUCUGCUGAUACGAUACCACAAUUCGAUACUGGAUUUGAAAGUCUCAAUAGUGAUACGAAAGAUCACAAUCCUAAUUAUGCUGUUACUGCAGCGACUAUGAUGGCCGUUGCUAUUUGUGUUGCCUCGGUUGCCUUAUUUGUAGCCAUUUUUGUCGCCUUACAGGCUGUAUCAAGAAAACGUGAAUCAACAAAUGGAUAUACAAAACUGGCGAUGAGAGUUGAACCAUCAGAUGAAAUAGAAGUUGAUGACAUGACCGAGCUAAUGACCUAGAUCUAAUUAAUGAAGAAAUAAUUAAACGUAAAGGAACUUUCCAAACCUUGGAAAUAAAUAAAUCACAUAAAAACUCAUCAAGUGACAUAUGUGCUUUCUCCUCAUCGUGUAAUAGUGAAAAAAAAACACAAAUAAUUACACCAUAAAACGUUAAAUUAAUUUUUAUCAAACAAUGAUAAAAUGCUAGAUAUUUUGUUUUUUAAGUGAGGAGAAUAAAUGAUAAUUAAAAUUGUCUGCAUGUAUGUAAUAUAAGAGAGUUACUGUUUAAUGAUCGAAUAUUGAGAAACGAAUGGGUUUGUGUUUAUAGUGUAAACAAAAUAUUAAACCAAUGAUUAUAUGAAGAACAACAAAAGAAACGAAAUGAACAAAAUAAUGUGAUUCACUUAGAGGCAAUUAUUGUUGAGUGUAAUUGACAUUUGUAACUCGCACAAGAGUGAUUGAGGGAUAUCGUAAAGUGCCUGAUUAGUGAUACCCACACCAUUCUUCAAACUUACUCGACUAUUCUAUUUUACUUUUAUAUUUUUUAUUUCCUCUUUCGUAAACAUAUAAAAAAAAAAGCAAAAAAUUCUUUUAUGACUCGCGGAAUUUAUUUUAAAAAUAUUUUUCUCAUUUUAUUAUUUAAAUAAAUAACGCGCGAAUUAAAUUUGAUUGUGCAGAAGUAAACUUUUUCUUCAUUCAACAAACAUCGAAAAAUUCAAACUAAAAAUUUAAAAGAAAAAAAUAAUAAUAACAAGUAUCAGGCAUUUA